CUUUUUUUUCUUUCUUUUCUCUUCUAUUUCUUAACCCUCUUCUUUCACAGCCCAAAAGUGCUCUUUCCUUCCCUCUCCCCUGUUCAUCUUUGUCUUUUCAUCUUUCAACAAACUCAGCCAUGUCUCAACAACAGCCCCAGCAAGAUGAGGAUGAUUUCGGUCCCUCCAUCACCAACGGCUACAAGCCUGGACAGAAGAAGAGCAUGAACGAAUACCAGAAGCUUGAUGCUGAUGAUGAAGCCUUACGCCGUUGGAAGGAGUCCCUUGGCGUUACCAACGCUGCUGCCGCUGGCGAUGAUCCUCAUAACGUGGUGGUUCUCCAGCUUGCACUUGAGGUUGCAGGACGUCCUGAUGUGAUUCUGGAUCUCACAAAAUCUGUGGAUGAACUCAAGAAUCAAUCCUUCACAAUUAAGGAAGGUGUUGAGUACCGUACCAAGGUCCUCUUCAAGGUUCAGCAUUCCCUUGUCUCUGGCCUCAAAUACAUGCAGGUCGUCAAGCGUCACGGCGUUAAAGUCGACAAAUCUGAAGAAAUGAUUGGAAGCUAUGCCGCCAAACCCGACAUCAUUGAAAAGAAGUUUGCUAUUGAGGAAGCUCCAAGCGGUAUGCUUGCUCGCGGACACUAUGAAGUCAAGUCAAAGUUCGUUGAUGAUGACGGUACCGUUCAUAAGGAGUGGAGCUGGUCCUUCGACAUCAAGAAGGAUUGGUAAAUGUAAAAAUGUAUGAAAGGAUAUAAAGAAAAAAGGAAAAAAAAAAUAAAAAAUGAAAUAAAC